GGCAGCGGCCGGGGCGGGGCCUCGCAGGGCCCGGCCUUCCGGGAGCCGAGCGGCGGCCGCUAAGAUGGCGCUGGCGAGCGCCGCCGGAGCCAGGCCCCCCACGAGAGCCGGAGGCAGGCGCGGGGCUGCAGCGGCGGCCGGGCUGGGCUCCGAGUCCGAGUGAGCCGCGGCCGGUCCUUCCCGCUCCUGCCCCUGCCGGGGCAUGAGCGCCCAGCCCCGCGGCAGCUGGCCGAGCCCGAGCCCGAGCCGGACCGAGGCCCAUGAAUUCCGUGUCGCCCGCCGCCGUGCAGUACCGGAGCGGGAGCCAGGACGACGUGUGCCGCCCCGAGGCCAGGAAGCCGCCGCGGGCCCCCGGAGCUCGCGGUCUGGCGGCCGGGGCAGGAUCCGGAGGCGGCGGCGGCGGCGGAGGAGGAGGUAGAGGAGGUGAAGGAGGCCACAAUGGCCUAGUGGCCGCAGCCGGAGCAGCCGCUUCGGCCCCCCCGGGCCCUGCCCCCCCCAGCGAGCCGGACGAGGUGGACAAGUUCAAGAGCAAAUUCCUCUCCGCCUGGAACAACAUCAAGUAUGGCUGGACAGUUCGCACCAAGACCAGCUUUAGCAAGUUGUCCGCCGUGCACCUGUGUGGCCGUCGGUACCGCUUUGAGGGGGAAGGUGACAUUCAGCGGUUUCAGAGGGACUUUGUCUCCCGCCUGUGGCUCACGUACAGGAGGGACUUCCCUCCCCUGGAGGGGGGCAGCUUGACCUCAGACUGUGGCUGGGGCUGUAUGCUGCGCAGCGGGCAGAUGCUGCUGGCCCAGGGCCUGCUUCUGCACUUCUUCUCCAGGGAUUGGACUUGGUCAGAAGCUGUUCUACACCCCGGCCCCAGGGAGCCUGAGCUCCUCAGAACCAUGUCUCCUUCUCGGGCCGGAGCAAGCUGGCAGCGGGUUCCCUCGCCAGCCUUGGGCCUAGGUCGGGCCACCUGGACCACCGGCGGGGCCCUGAGCCCCAGGGAGUUUGAGCAGGAGGAGCAGCACAGGCGCAUUGUUUCCUGGUUUGCUGAUCAGCCUGGGGCUCCCUUUGGCUUGCACCGGCUGGUAGAAUUGGGCCGAAGCUCGGGCAAGAGGGCAGGAGACUGGUAUGGUCCCUCUGUGGUGGCUCACAUCCUCAGGAAAGCCGUGGAGAGCAGCUCAGAGGUGGCCCAGCUGGAGGUGUAUGUUUCUCAGGACUGUACAGUCUAUAAGGCAGAUGUGGCCCAGCUAGUGGCCCAGCCGGACCCGAGCACUGAAUGGAAGUCCAUCGUCAUCCUGGUGCCAGUGAGGCUGGGUGGGGAGACUCUCAACCCUGUGUAUGUGCCCUGUGUCAAGGAACUCCUGCGGCUAGAACUGUGCAUCGGAAUCAUCGGCGGGAAGCCCCGGCACUCGCUUUACUUCAUUGGCUAUCAGGAUGACUUUCUGCUCUACCUCGACCCCCACUACUGCCAGCCCUUUGUGGAUACCUCCCAAGAGAGCUUCCCCCUGGAGUCCUUCCACUGCACGUCUCCCCGGAAGAUGGCCUUCAGUCGGAUGGACCCCAGCUGCACCAUUGGCUUUUAUGCUGGCAACAGAAAGGAGUUUGAGCUGCUGUGCCUGGAGCUGACCCGGGUUCUCAACUCUUCCUCGGCCACGGAGCGGUAUCCCAUGUUCACACUGUCUGAGGGCCAUGCCCAGGAGUACGGUCUGGAGGAGGUCUGCUCCCAGCUCACCCAGCAGAGCCUCCGGCUGCCCCAGGCCGGGAAGCUUGGCAAGGCCAAGAGACCCAGCUCAGAGGACUUUGUGUUUUUAUAGCAGGGACAAGGGGAAGUGGUGUCUGU